CACUUUAUCGUGUGUUUUGUUGUUGUUGUGUUUGUUAUGUUCUACAUACCACUGGAACACGUUGUAACGAGUCAAAACGCAUUCAGUGUUGCCGCUGGCGAAGCUCUUGUGAGUAGCACGGAUUUUUAAGUGCUGAUCGAACCGAUUAAUCAGACAUCCUUCAACCUGUAGCAAGAACAAACUUACAAUCAGAAAAGAAUUAGCUGCUGUUUCAAUUGCCGAGACACUUCGUCCUAGAUAACUCACGUUUGCACGUUGAUUAUUGUCGUGUCGGUCGAGACCAACGGCCCGAGCGACUACACCCAGGUUCCUACUCAGCACUCCCACACACACCCACACAACCCCAACCGAGACAGCGGGCGGGACAGUAUGGUUCGUGUGUCGCUGCACGCCCGGAGCUGCUGUCUGCUGGUGGCACUGCUGCUGCUCCUCCUCCUGCUCGUCGACGAUGGGGCUGGGCAGAUACCGCGACGACGGCCCCGCAACGACCGCUGCCCGAAGGUCCGGGCGAUGCGCAACUUCGGGCUGAACGCGAUGAUGGGCUCCUGGUACGUGAUACAGUACUUCGCCUCGACCGAGAUGUUCCCGGAGUACGGGUGUAUGCGCAGCUCGUUCGUCACCUCCGAUGGGUACGUGACGAUGAACUUUACGUACGUGUUUUUGGACGACCCGCUCGCCACCUUCCAGCAGGGCAACAUUACCUGGAUCAUACCGAACUACGGCCAGCCGGCACACUGGGUGCACGCAGAGAGUAGCUAUGAAGAGAUCUACAACACCUACGUGAUUGACACGGACUAUCGGAGCUGGGCCCUCAUCAUGCACUGUGCGGAGAAGACGAAAUCCCAGAAGUACCUCUCGGCGCUGAUGCUUGCCCGUGAGCCUACCAUCGGGCAGAAUGUGAUCAACUUUUUGCGCGAGAAGCUGCCGAGGUACGAUAUAGAUGUCGAGAACAUGUUCCCCAUCCCGCAGACGAACUGUACCAGGAUGGAUCCGAAUGCCUACUACUCCUACCAAACAGCGCCGUAGAGCAGACGGAAUGCCUGAGGUUUUGAAGAAUGUCUGGAGACUCUUGGGAUAAUGUAAUUGUAACGAAAUUUUGGAGAUCUGGAGGUAACUAAGAGAGAUUUAGAAAAAGAGAUAGAUAGGGUACACAUGCUCAGCAGAUCUAGAUGCUGUACAGGCAGAAAGUAGAGGACAUUCCGGAUUCCCAACCACAUCGCAUCAUAAUAAUAAUUGCGCAUCGUUUAAUGAGCUAUGUCCAUUUUCCAA